UUUUAUUGUGCAUUUUACAAGCAACCUGUAUAUUUUUUGUUACAUAAAAAGAACUCAUAUUCUUUUCUCAAUUUAAUAAAAUCACAUCACGAUAAUCAUCACCUAGAAUAAUGUGAAGGGAAAACUAACCAAAGCAAUACUAAUAAAGAAGAAGGAAAAAAAAAGAAGUGAAGAAAAGGAGGAGAAAUAAAAAAGAGGUAAAAAGAAGGAAGAUUUAUAAUUCAACAGUUGCUAUAUUUUCCCUAUAACAUCCAGAGCUCUGAUUAUUGAUGAGAGGAUAGACUUAUAAAUAUUUCUCUAUUUUGAUCUUUGACUUGUUGCCGAUGGAGGGGGGAAAAGAGGUAUGCAUUUGUUUCUCAUGUAUGUCGGAAGUGUUCGGAUAUCUUUCAAACAUGUUAAAUCCCAAAUUGUUAGUCACAAUUCAAAAAACCUGCACUACACAGAAUUUUGUGGGUCACAUCACUCAUAUUUUCUUUCAAAUAAAAUAUAGAUCAAACUGUUCAUGUUAUCACCACUUGUAAAAGGUGUCACAUGUAUUUAAUGCAUCACAUACAUUUGAUUCAUCAUGUGGGUCAGGAGCUGCUAUGUACUUGCAGCAAAAUGAGCACUUGCAUCAGCCAAUGAUAGCGAAGACUAAGAGAAGAAAAGGAAAUGAUAUAUGAAAUGAUCUAGAGACUCAGAGUACAUCAGGAUAUACAGGAACGUGAAUGUCCUAGUGAAUAUUUGUCAGUGAUGUGUCUACUAGGACAAUUAAUUUUCCACAAGCAUCUUUCUUUUUCCAUUUCUGUACCUGGUCCAUGUUGUUUUUGAAUAAUGUUGAGUGAUUUUGUUUUCAGAAUGUCCUUUCAUUUGAGGUAGAAUAUUUUCUGAAUUGUAUGUUGUUUUUUAAUGAGUAGCCAUCUACUUGUUAACUGAAGUGUGUUUGCACACAGUUUUGAAAUGUUUUUACAAUAUGCAGGCUUUGAUUGGCAAUGUUUUUUUGUUUAACGUCUGAAAUGUGAAGCUUUCCAAAUGCAAAAUGUGUUUGGUCUGCCAUUUCAGAGCAAAGCAGUGCAGAAAUCAAACACACACACAUACUCAAACAAGAAACAUAUUCCUCAGACAUUCUUGAUACCACUGCAUUUUUAUUAUAAUCCAUUUGUGGAACUGACGUAGAUUUCCGCACCAGAGCUUUGGCCCUUGCAACAUCUUUUUCCUUCCUCUUGGGAGGGAGGAGAUAUAAAUGCAGAGAGGUUCUAUGGGUGUUCCCUGCUAGACUUGACAGCUAGCCCAGGUCAGUCGUGGUCCAGGGCAAGUGUUUGCUUCCUCUUGCAUUGCCUCUUUGGCUGGAAAAGCUUUUUCUCUUGAGAAGCCUGUCUGCUUUCUAGAUCCUGUCUGAGAGUGAACUGUGGGGAACCGAGCUGAUCCUGAAAGACAUGGAUUCCGAAAACAAAUUGCCUCAGGAUCAGGAGGGAAGUGCCCUAGAUGCCAUGGAGCACCAGGGUUCAGGAAUGGCCAAACGCCUGGCCACAUUUAUCUCAGGUCUGGUGGAAUGCAUGUGCUUUGCAGGAGUCAUCUUUGGAUGGGCAUCGUUGGUCUUUGUCCUCAAGGACUUGCACUACUUUGAGGAUAUGUGUAUGUCUGCUGCUAAUCAAACAACCAAUCAAACAGACUGCAGUGCCCAGGAUGAACAGCUUUCCCUCAUCUUCACCAUUGGCUCCUUCAUGAACAAUUUUAUGACCUUCCCCACAGGCUACAUCUUUGAUCGCUUUGGCACCACCGUAGCUCGCUUGCUUGCCAUAUCUGCCUACACCUCUGGCACCCUUCUUGUUGCAUUUUCUACAGCCGCCACUGCAGUGAUACUAUUUCCAGCACUAUCCUUACUGUCUGUGGGUGGUAUCCUGCUUAUCCUCACCAAUAUGCAGGUUGGGAACCUAUUUGGAAAGCAUCGUUCUACUGUCAUUACCCUCUACAAUGGAGCUUUUGACUCUUCAUCUGCUGUAUUUCUCGUCAUUAAGUUGCUGUACGAGCAGGGUCUCGCACUGAGAACCAUGUUCCUCUUCAUGUCAGCCUGCAGUGCCUGGCACUUGGUUCGCACAUUCUUCCUGAUGCCCCGUCACCAUAUUCCAUACCCACUGCCACCAGGAUAUACAUAUGGGAUGAGCUGUCGGAGGAGAUCUCAAUCAUAUCGUACCUAUGAGGAAAAACGUCGCCCCAGUAGCCUGGAUGAGGGUCAGGACUCAGGGAAUUUGCAUCCUGACUCAGCACUCAGUGAAGAAAAUGCCACUACAAAAGGUCAUACUGAAACAACAUUGAACCUCAAGGAGCCAGCUGUUGUUUCCUUCUGGAGCUGUGUCUUCUCCCAAUUGUUUUUCUGGCAUCUGAUGUGGCUGUCAGUGAUGCAGUUGCGCCACUAUCUCUUCAUUGGAACCCUCAACCCUAUGCUGAUACAGCUAUCUGAUAAAGAUGCAUCUCUUGUGAGCCACUACACCAAUGCUUUUGCCUUCACUCAAUUAUGUGGAGUCCUCUGUGCCCCCUGGAAUGGGCUUAUUCUUGAUCGUCACAAACGUGGACAGAAAAAGCAGGGAAUUUCCCAAGGUGUGCCGGAUUCACUUGCGGACUUGCGUUCCUGUGUGCUGUCGUUGCUCAUCACAGUGUUGCAGUGCAUUGCAUUCUCAAUCUGUGCCUCCAUUCCAGUGCUGCCCGUACAAUAUGCCACCUUCAUCCUGCAGGUUCUGAGCCGCUCCUUCCUCUAUGGAGGCAAUGCUGCCUUCUUGGCUAUUGCCUUUCCUCUGGAACACUUCGGGAAGCUAUAUGGUAUUAUAAUGGGACUCUCGGCUGUGGUUUCUCUCCUACAGUAUCCCUUUUUCUCACUCAUCAAGGGCCCACUCAAAGAGGAUCCCUUUUAUGUGAAUAUUGGCCUCAUAAUCUUAAUGCUAUUGGCUUUGGUUAACCCUUUCAUGGUGUGGCGGGAGUGCAGGCGGCGACAGAAGGAACAGGAUGCAACACAUAGCUCGACUAUCCCUGUCUUGACUGCAGAGAAAUCUGGUCUUGAGUCUUCCAUUUGAGCCUUUCACUUCCCUUUAUCGACUUUGGAAACCUCUAAAACUUAACAAAAAGGGAACUUUAAGAAGAAAACGCAGACCUGUAAAGGGAAUCAAAGAGCAUACUGUGAGGAUAAGCCUUGUCUCCUUAUGAGCCCUUCUCCCAGAAAAAUGUGUCAUAACCCAACGCUAUCAGCCACACUUAAGCGCCUUGAAACAAAUGGCUAAAACGUAUAACUUCGGGUUGGAUUUUCACAUCUGGGUUUCAAAAGCCAGAUUGUUCAUAGCUCUUUCUUUAUAUGGCAUUAUUUUUCUAGGUAUUAAAUUUACAUUUUAUGUUCCUAAAAUGGGAGGAUUAAGAUGUAUUUUAGUUAUUUUUAUUUUGAUAUUUUAUAGAGCUAUAUUUUUGUGGGUGAUGUACAAAUGCCAGUACUAUAGUUAGUUUAACAUUUUCCAAUUAGAAUGUUUAACAUGUCUGAAAAAUAUUAUUUUUAAGAAGUGGAGUUCUUCCCCAUUUUUUCCCAUCAUGGUCUGGAAGUAAUUUAAAAACCAUAUACUCUCGUGGUUUUGGAUUUUUAAAGAUUUUUUAAAGGAACCAAGGUGCAUACUUAGUCCCAAAACAGGGAAAAAAACAUUUAAACUAUUUAAAAAAUUAAUAAAAAAUUGUUUUUAUUAUAAGCAAAACAAGGGUGGAAGCAAAUUCCAGUCUACACAUGGCAAGAAGAAGGCCCCAGGAAGUACUGUUAAGGAACUGGUAGUGGGGACUCACAGAGGCUCAAUGCUGAAUUAAAAGUAUCAUAAAGGACCUAAAUGUAUGAAAACACAUAGUUUCAGAGUUCCCUUUCCGUUGUUAGUUGUUCAUCAGUCUUGGGACCAUAACUAUCAGCUUCCUUUCUUUGUCAAAAAGCUAGAGAUCUAGUUAUUUAAGAAGGAAUCUUUCAGUUUGAACAUCACUAGAGAAACAAACGCCACCUUUUUAUUCUUUACAAGUGUUGUCAGAUCUCAGGGCUGGAUCUGGGUCAGUUUCAUUGGUCAUCCUCAGAUAAGCUGCAAAUUUACUGGGUUUUGGGACUUAACUCCAAGUCAAGAGGAAAGUGCUGGGUGCAAAUAUCUAGCUUAGCUAUCAAAACAGCCUGCUACAAGCAGAUAUUAGUUGGUGGUCUCUCAUCCAAGUACUGGAGCCCCUGAUGGCACAGUGGGUUAAACCCUUGUGCCGGCAGGACUGCUGACCUGAAGGUUGCCAGUUCGAAUCCAACCCAGGGAGAUUGCGGAUGAGCUCCCUCUAUCAGCUCCAUGCAGGGACAUGAGAAAAACCUCCCACAAGGACAGUAAAAGCAUCAAAACAUAUGGGCAUCCCUUGAGCAAUGUCCUUGCAGACGUCCGAUUCUCUCACACCAGAAGCAACUUGCAGUUUCUCAAGUCACUCCUGACACACAAAAAAUCCAAGUACUAAUCAGGGCUGACCCUGCUUAGAUCAGCCUCGAUUAACUGUUCCUUAACCCAUCUCCCUAAACAAGUGAGAAGGAGUAAUCCCCAUGUUUUCCCUGAUAUUGAGACAGCACUUUUAACUGAAUGUUCUUUCUUAAUUUCCCAAGGGCAUAUAUGUACUCUCUCUCUCUUUUUCUGUCUUUGAUUCGUUUGUCCUUUCUUUUUUUCUCUCUGUUCCCUCUCUCUUCUCUUUCUCUCUUUGUUUGACGGACAAGCCUUGUGAAACUGUGGUAAUGCUUAAUGACCUCAUGAACUGUCCCUACAUCUCAAGUUUGGCUGGAAAACCUGAACCACCAACCUUAAUAGAAAGUGACAGAGUCCCACAUUUUAGAAGCAGGCUGUUGAAUAUCCUUCCAGCAAGUUGACAACAGGAAUGCUUCUAUAAUUGUUGGUGACUACUGGGCCAAAAAAGAGGGAAAAUGUAAGGCUGGAGGGGAAAUAAGAUGUCUCUCUCUUAUUUUUCAAAUUAUAUGAAAUACAGGUUCUUACAAAUGCA